UCGCGGGCUUCCGUAGCAUCACUUCCGGAAGCGAACUGAGAGGAAAAAUGGCGACGGAAAACGAAGCGGUGACGGAUUUGAAUUCGCCUUCAAAAGAUGAGAGCUCCAGUCCAGGAGGAACGUGUGAUCCUGAGAAGACAACGAGGAGCUCCAGCUCUUCAGACGACAGCGACAGUGAUGGAGACGAGCGCAUGAGGAGCAGGGAUGAAAAGCGUCGUAGCCCUUCUCCAGACAGAAGAAGAGAUGACGCAGAUGAACAACCGGAUCAAGACGCAGCGCCGAGGCGGUCGUCCAGGUCCAGCGGCUCAGACGGCGACAGCAGCAGUGAGGAGGACAGUGACGAUGGUGUGAUGCACAGGAUGAAGAGCAGCGUGGCACACAUCAGGCGUGAUGCUCAGGACGAGAGCAGCAGACCCAGACGCAGGAGUUCCUCUGCAGACAGGAAUGGCAGUGGAAGGUCGUAUUCCCGCUCUCGCUCCAGAUCUCUGUCUCCACAGAGACGCACAGACAGAGCCCGCAGGUCUCGGGAUCGUGAUGGAGACCGGCGUUCCGAUCGGCGCUCCAGCCGUGAGCGAGAUGGAGAUCGAGAUAGGGUCAGGUCCAGGAGGGGAAGAUCUGCGUCUCCAUCACAGAGAGACAAACCCCCUGCUGAUGAGCCUCCAGUUAAAAAGAGGAAGGAGGAGCUGGACCCCAUCCUGACCCGCACCGGAGGAGCGUACAUCCCCCCGGCCAAGCUGCGCAUGAUGCAGGCCCAAAUCACCGACAAGAGCAGUCUGGCGUACCAGAGGAUGAGCUGGGAAGCGCUGAAGAAGUCCAUCAACGGUCUCAUCAACAAAGUAAACGUGUCCAACAUCGCCAACAUCAUCCAGGAGCUGCUGCAAGAGAACAUCGUCCGCGGCAGAGGUCUGCUGGCGAGGUCAGUGCUUCAGGCUCAGAGCGCUUCUCCCAUCUUUACCCACGUCUACGCCGCCGUGGUGGCCAUCAUCAACUCCAAAUUCCCUCAGAUCGGAGAGCUCAUCCUCAAGAGGCUCAUCCUCAACUUCCGCAAAGGCUACAGAAGAAACGACAAACAACAAUGUCUCACCGCCUCCAAGUUUGUGGCUCACCUCAUCAAUCAGAACGUGGCUCAUGAAGUGCUGUGUUUGGAGAUGCUGACUCUGCUCUUGGAGCGGCCCACUGAUGACAGCGUGGAGGUGGCCAUCAGCUUUCUGAAGGAGUGUGGCCUCAAACUCACAGAGGUUUCCCCCCGCGGCAUUAAUGCCAUCUUCGAGCGCCUGAGGAACAUCCUGCACGAGUCGGAGAUCGAUAAGCGCGUGCAGUACAUGAUUGAGGUGAUGUUCGCUAUCAGGAAGGACGGCUUUAAGGACCAUCCCAUAAUUACAGAAGGCCUGGACCUGGUGGAGGAAGAGGACCAGUUCACUCACAUGCUUCCUCUAGAGGACGAAUACAACACAGAGGACGUGCUCAACGUCUUCAAGAUGGAUCCUGACUUCCUGGAGAAUGAAGAGAAGUACAAGGCAAUUAAGAAGGAAAUUCUGGACGAGGGGAGCAGCGACUCGGGCGACGAUGUAGAUGGCAGCGAUGACGAGGAUGAUGAGGAUGAAGACGAAGAUGCAGAAGCUGGAGAAGAUCAAGACAAAGUCACCAUUUUCGACAAGACGGAGGUGAACCUCGUAUCAUUUCGCCGCACCAUUUAUCUGGCCAUUCAGUCAAGCUUGGACUUUGAGGAAUGUGCUCACAAGCUGAUCAAGAUGGACUUCCCUGACAGCCAGACGAAGGAGCUGUGUAACAUGAUCCUGGACUGCUGCGCCCAGCAGAGAACCUACGAGAAGUUCUUUGGUCUUCUGGCUGGGAGGUUCUGCUUGUUGAAGAAGGAGUACAUGGAGAGCUUCGAGGCCAUCUUCCAGGAGCAGUACGACACCAUUCAUAGGCUGGAGACCAACAAACUGCGCAACGUGGCGAGAAUGUUCGCACACCUCCUCUAUACAGACUCCAUCCCGUGGAGCGUUCUAGAGUGCAUGAGAAUGAGCGAGGAGACGACGACGUCCUCCAGCCGUAUUUUCGUCAAGAUACUCUUCCAGGAGCUGUGCGCCUACAUGGGGCUUCCGAAGCUCAACGAGAGACUCAAGGACACGACUCUGCAGCCGUUCUUCGAAGGCCUGUUCCCUCGCGACAACCCGAGGAACACGAGAUUCGCCAUCAAUUUCUUCACCUCCAUCGGCCUUGGUGGACUCACAGAUGAGCUAAGAGAGCAUCUGAAGAACGCCCCUAAGAUGAUCAUGACCCAGAACCAGGAUGUCGAGUCAUCUGACUCUUCUUCCUCCUCCUCGUCCUCAUCAUCAGAUUCCUCGUCCUCGGGCAGUGACAGCAGUGACUCGGAUUCCUCCAAUGACUCAGAUGACUCGUCCAGCAGCUCCGGCUCUUCUGAUUCUGAAUCGGACGCGAAGCGGAAAAAGGCGUCCCAGCGUGGAAAGAAGCAUAAGAAGAGUUCUAAACAUGGCUGUCCUCCAGAAGAGAGACAAAGCAAAAGGGACCAGAGACGAGACAAAAGCGAGGAGGACCGUCAUAGACGACAGGACAAAUCACGAAAGGACUCGCCCGAUAAGCGAGAACAUGCAACAAAAUCUUCUCCUAAUGUGCGAGAGCGUGGGCGAAAGGAUUCACCAGAAGUGCGAGAGCGUGGGCGAAGGGAUUCACCAGAAGUGCGAGAGCGUGGGCGAAGGGAUUUACCAGAAGUGCGAGGGCGCAGGCGAGGAGACUCUCCUGAUGUGCGUGAUCGCGGGCGACGAGACUCUCCUGAUGUGCGUGAUCGCGGGCGAAGGGACUCGCCUGAUGUACGUGAUCGCGGGCGACGAGACUCUCCUGAUGUGCGUGAUCGUGGGCGACGAGACUCUCCUGAUGUGCGUGAUCGCGGGCGAAGGGACUCGCCUGAUGCGCGAGAGCGGGGGCGAAAGGACUCCCCUGAUGUGCGAGCACGCGGGCGAAAGGACUCGCCUGAUGCACGAGAUCGGGGGCGAAAGGACUCGCCUGAUGUGCGAGCACGCGGGCAAAAGGACUCGCCUGAUGCACGAGAGCGUAGGAGAAGGGACUCGCCUGAUGUGCGAGAGCGCGGGAAAAGGGAUUCACCCGAUGUGCGAGAUCGCAGAAGAAGGGACUCACCUGAUGUUCAAGAGCGCAGAAGAAGGGACUCACCUGAUGUUCAAGAGCGCAGAAGAAGGGACUCACCUGAUGUUCAAGAGCGCAGAAGAAGGGACUCACCUGAUGUUCAAGAGCGCAGGCAAAAGGACUCCCCCGGUGUGAGAGAGCGCAGGCGAAGGGACUCUCCUGUUGCGCGAGAGCGUUCACGAAAGGACUCGCCUGACCGGGGAGAGCGCAAGGACCGGCAAUACAAAAACAGUGAGAAUGAGGACUCGCGCAAAAACAAGGACACCAAAAGUGACUCGCAGAGAGAGAGAGAUCGCCGGCGCAGCAGAGAGAAAGAGAGAUCAAAGUCAAAAUCACGUGAGAGAAGCAGCAAGGACGUGUCUUCCAAAGACUCGUACAGGAACGGAAUGGAGCGGGAGGACAAGGAGAACCGGUACAGGGAGUCCAGGAGGAGAGAGGACAGGAGUGUGGAGAGAUCGCCCAGGAGACGCAGAUAGCCCACGGCAUGAGAGAUAUCAGAGUUAACUCUGGAUGACGAAAUGCAGUGUUACUGUACAAACUAGCAGUGCAUUGUGGGAAAUAUGGACGGUUUUAGAUUCUCAUUGGACCAUAGAAAUGUGAGGAAGUUGUUUGUAACCUGGAGGAUAUUUUGUAUUUUCUGAAUUCCCUAAAAAUGUUUUGUGUUUAUAUGAUCAUUAAAAUAAUUGAUUAAA